UCAUGUUGAAGUCGGUAUAAAUUGGUUACCACCUCUUUUAGAUCCAAUUGCUUUGAAUUUUCGCGCAGUUGUUCAACCUACACAUGAAAUUAUAAGCGAGCACAAUUUUGGGUAUCGACCAGUUGACAAUAAUGACCUUCAAAGAGGCUCUUUCGACUGGUUCAUGACUUAUAAAAAGAUUCCAAUUCCUGAAAUUGAAGCAGCUAAGAGAAAGAGUCAGUCUGAUGUUUUCUUCACACCUGUUUUGUUUGGAGGUGUGUUUGCCAUUCAUGCUGAUUGGUGGAAAAAAUUAAAAGGAUUCGAUCCUUUUCUCGACAUUUGGAGUGGAGAGCAGUUUGAAAUGUCAUUCAAGACAUGGAUGUGUGGGGGUGAAGUGAUAGAGACGCCCUGUAGUCGGGUGGCGAGAGUGCACAGGGGCUCAAUGAAUGUUCCUUACUCCCCCCGAGCGGCGAUUGAGAGAAGCAUGAGCAACAUGCCCAGAGUGGCCAAUGUGUGGAUGGACGAGUACAAGGAGUUCUUCUUCUACAGGAAACCUGACCGGAGAUUCGCCAGACUCAUGACCGGAAUCGAGCAGAGAUUUGAAAUCAGACAAAAACUGCAGUGCCAUUCUUUUGACUGGUUCAUGAAAAAUAUCAAUUUCAACCAACCCACUUAUUAUCCUGCUGUCGAGCCUCGUUCCCAUGCUCACGGUCGAGCACGCUCACAGGAGCACAUGAUGAAGUGCAUUAACAGAUAUGAUAAGAAAUUAAUGCUCUCCAAAUGCGAAGGUGCGCCUUCAAUUUCACUCACAUGGCGAAAGGAGUUCAUAUUCGACAAAGACUCUCAGGCGUGUCUAGACGUCGGCAGUAUCUCGAAGCACGAUCGCAAACCGAUUCCGACAUGUUAG